CGAAAUUUCCCGCGCCGGCGGUGCCACUACCAGGUACUCGGGACUCCCAACCCACGCGGAGCGAGAAAGGCAGCGACGGCCGCGUCGGACCCCAGGUUCGCUCCGCGGAGCAGUGACCAGGAGGGGGCGGGCAGAGCGGGUGACGGCGAGGGGCACGGGUCCGGAACUGGGGGACCUGGAGGCGGAGAUCGCGGUGACGCGCGGGGUGGGGCGGGUUAGGUUUCGUUUUCCCGCAGCGCGCGGUUUCGUUUUCCUACGGCCGUUCCCGUCGCGCCCCCGCAGGGCCCAGCCCGGACGCCGGCUCGACACCUGUGGCCCCUCGUGUGCCCGAGGCCCCGCCGCAUCUGUAGCCACACCCAUCGCCUCCUUGGCCAGGACUCACCUGGGCAACACCGUGGCCAGAAGUCCUCAACUUCCGUCUGUGAUCCCAACACUUGGGACCCCAACACCCGGGACUACCUGCGGAGACUCACGCGGAACCCUCCUCUCACCUGCGCUAUCCCCCGACUGCCCCCGCGACCCCAGCCCUCGCCGCGGAGGGCGCGCCGCUCUCUCUACGCCCAGCCCUUGCGGAGGGAGCAAUGGCCGUGGCUCCCGACGGGGGGACCCCGCGCGUGCUCUUCGGAGACUGGCUUCUGGGCGAGGUCAGCAGCGGCCGCUACGAGGGACUACGGUGGCUGGACGCGGCCCGAACGCGCUUCCGCGUGCCCUGGAAGCACUUUUCGCGGAAGGACCUGGGAGAGGCCGACUCGCGCAUCUUCAAGGCCUGGGCUGUGGCCCGCGGCAGGUGGCCUCUCCGCAGCAGCGCAGGUGCCCGGCCUACCGCUGAGAGUGCGCUCCGAGCUUCCUGGAAAACCAACUUCCGCUGCGCGCUGCACUGUACGCGGCGCUUCGUGAUGUUGCAAGACAACUCGGGGGACCCUACCGACCCUCAUAAGGUGUACAUGGUCACCCCCGGGCCGGCGUGCGGAGAAAGCCCAAGCAUUAUUAGCCAGGGGGAGGACAAGGCCCUUGAAGAUGCCCCACCUACAAGGGAUGGGCUUCUGGGGCCAUACCUGGCAGCAGAUGCUGGCGAGAGGCUGGGGCAUGGGCUGGCCGGGCUGAGCCCUGAGCCCUGUGCCCCAAGCCCAGCUGGAGAUGCUGGGGACCUAUUGAUCCAGGCUCUGCAGCAGAGCUGCCUGGAGGACCAUGUGCUGAAAGCUGCGUGUGGGGUGGAGCCGAUAGCCCCUGGGGCUCCUGACACAGGCCCACCCCCAGCCCCCUGGCAGCCGCGAGAGGCGGAGCCCCGCACCACAGCCUCCCCCAGUGCCUGCACCCUGAUGGCAGGGCAUCUACACGUGGCUGGUCCCACCUGCUCACAGCUCGGUCUGCACACACUGCCCAGCUUGGGGGCCCUGGACUUGACCAUCACGUACAAGGGCCGAACAGUGCUGCGGGAGGUGGUGGGGCGCCCGAGCUGUGUGCUCCUGUAUGGCCCCCCCGAUGUAGGUGGUGGGGCUUCAGAGCACCAGCGAGUAGCCUUUCCUAGCCCCGCCGAGCUGCCCGACCAGAAGCAGCUCCACUACACAGAGAAGCUGCUGCAGCACGUAGCCCCCGGCCUACAGCUGGAACUCCGGGGUCUCAGGCUGUGGGCCCGGCGCCUGGGCAAGUGUAAGGUCUAUUGGGAGGUGGGAGGGCCCCUGGGCUCGGCCAGCUCCUCCACCCCCGCCCGCCUGCUGCCCCGGAACUGCGACACCCCCAUCUUUGACUUCAGCACCUUCUUCCAAGAACUGGGGGAGUUUGAGGCCUGCCGGCGCCGGGGCUCCCCUCACUACACCAUCUAUCUGGGCUUUGGGCAGGACCUGUCAGUGGGAAGGCCCAAGGAGAAGAGCCUGGUCCUGGUGAAGCUGGAGCCAUGGCUGUGCCGGGCAUACCUGGAGGGCGUGCAGCGCGAAGGCGCGUCCUCUCUGGACAGCGGCAGCCUCAGCCUCUGCCUGUCCAGCUCCAACAGCCUCUAUGAUGACCUGGAGCACUUCCUGGAGCACUUCCUGAUGGAGGCGGAGCAGCCCGGCUAGGCUGGGUCCCCAACCCCUCCCAAUCUAAUAAAAAGAUCCCAAGAACCA